AGAGGAGCAGAAGAAGAAACGGUGAGGUUUUGGGAGAGUGAAGGAAUACAACUGAAGAAGUAAACCAAUUUAGGAAAAAACAAAAAUAAAAAAGAGUAGUAUUUAUCAGAAAGAAGGGAUUAUCAGGAAGUCAUGGCCGGAAGAGAGGUUCGAGAAUACACAAAUCUCACCGAUCCAAAAGACAAAAAAUGGGCAGGAAAGGGGAAGGAGCGGAUUGACGAUGAAGAAAUCACCUUCCAGCGCAUGGUUGCCAAGAUGCAAGAAGUUGCGGGAGAACGUGGUGGUUACCUUCAUGGACGAGGGGCCUUGGAUAGCGAUGAUUUGCUAUAUCUGAAGGAGCAAAUGGAAGCUGAGGAGGAUGCUGAACGCCUUCUUCGUCGCACUGAGAAACGUGCAUUUGCUGCGUUUAAGAAAGCUGUUUCUGAUACUACAACAGCAUCUGUUCCGUUGCCUCUUCGUGUUGAACCAAAGCCAAAAAGCGGGAUAAGGCAGCAAGACUUGCUGAAAAGGGUGGUGGAAGUAAAACCCAAGCGCCAAAGGCAUGCCGGCUCUGCUGAAGGAAAUGUAUCCUCCGUAAGCUCGAGUGGUCAGGUUUCAGAUGAUCGUAAACCUCAAACUGAUAGGGUUCAGGAGAAAGAGGUUUCUCCGACUAGAUUGGCUAAUGCAUCUGAUGAAUCAAAGGAUGACAACCCUGUAAAGGGUUUGCUACUACCAUAUGAGAGUUCUGAUGAUGAUGACUGAUAAAGUGGGUAGAGUUUGUUUGUUCACAUGAAGUGCGUGCGAUGUUUUUCUCUGGAAACUAACUAUAUAUAUUGAACUCCUGCAUAUAACCUCAUGUAGGCAGAAGUAAAUGGAAGUUGCGGUGUAGUAUUCCAACAGCCCUUUCCCUUUCCACUAAAGGAGUAAUUGUAGUUUCCACCUCAAGGUUUGAGGGAGUUCACACAACUUUGCCCUCGUUGUUUAAUAGGUGAACUUUGUUUUCUUA